AGCACUUUCAUCAUCCUGUCCAUCCAUUCAACUAUUCUUGAAUGGAGAUGUGUAGUGAGUAUGUCAUUAUUUCGAAGAUUUUUCUCAUGUACCUCUUCUGACAAUUAUCCAUUCUCAUAUACAACUAAUCUUGUACAAGAGAAUACUAAAAAGUUUCCUAAUAAUAAUAAUAUUUGUAUUAUAUGUCAUGAAUCCGUUAUAACCUGUUUAAAUAAUCAAUCUAUUAAAAAGCAGAAAUAUUUGUCAUCAAUUACAAAAAAUAAGCAAUUAUCGCCGUUAACAACAGAAGAAAAUCAAAAUAUUCAAACAAAACAACCAGGAACUAUGUCAGUUUGUAUUUCAUGUACAGAUAUACUUGAUAAUAAUAAGAAUUCACAACUAAGUGAUAAUAAGAUGUUAGAUGUAACAACUUCAUCUUAUCAAUACAAUUUAACACAUCCAUAUACUACUAAUAUUAAUACUACUAAUCCAACAACAACAUCACCAAUAUCAACAGUAAAAACAUGUAUUUCAAUGAAUGAUACUACUGAAAAAUCAAUUAGUUUACAAUGUUCUAAAUUUAUUACCCGUUGGAUAACACAUUGUCCAUUUCAAUGGAAUAUAAAAUCAUCAAAUCAACAAAAAACCAUAAUAAAUAAUAAUAAUAAUAAUAAUAAUAAUAAUAAUAAUUUGCAAACAACAACAACAGCAACAACAAAUAUCAUUUAUAAUAAUCCAAUUGAUCCUAUAUAUACACAAUCCACAUAUCAACAAGAUCUAUUAAAUCCAAUCGACAAAACAAUUCAAACUACUAAUAAUGAUGAAAAUAUUCAUGAAUUUAUUGAAGAAUGUGUUAUACCUAUACCUGUAUUUAAUUUAUUUCUAUAUUUAGCACAAGAAGGUGUUUAUGCAAAAGAUUUAUUUCGACGACCUGGUAAUAUUGCUCAAAUUAAACAUAUAUUACAACGUUUUGCAUCGGAUCAAAUGAUUGAUUGGAAAGAUUAUAAUAUUCAUACUGUAGCAACAGUUGCUAAACGUGUUUUAUUUAAUAUACCAAAUGGUUUAAUUGGUUUAAAAGGUGAAAAACAACUAUUACGUACUGCUUUAUUAACACAACAACCAUUAAAUGAUAAUAAUCAAUUAAAAACAAUAUGUAAAACAUCUAUAAUACAUCAUUAUGAUACAUCUAAUUUAGAAAUUGAUAAUAAUACAGAGAAUUUACUCUUAGAAUUAGCUGAACCAACAAAUACUUCACCAUUAAUAUCUGUAUUAGAUGAAACAAAUAUAAAUGAUAAUAACAAGAAUGUAUAUUAUACAAAUAAAGAAUAUACAGAACAAAUCAAUGAUUUAAUAAGACGUGCUAUAGUUAUCACAAAUAUUGAUACAACUCAACAAUCUAAUACGGUGAAUUUAUUAUUUUCAUAUGGUUCAAUAAAACAAAUCUAUCAAUUAACUCCAGUGGAUACAGAACGUGUACAAGUUUUUCAAAAUAUACUUAAAGAUUUAACUAUAGCACAUCGUCAACUAACUAUAAUGAUAUUUGGUAUAUUACAUCAACUUGUAUUCAAUAUGGCAUUUAAUACAGCUAAUCAAAAUCAUGGAUUAGAAAAUGAUAAUGAUGAAUUACCUAAUAUUCCAUUACUUAAAUUAGCUGAAGGAGUUGUAAAAUCAGUUGCUGGUUCAAUGUUUCAUUCAUGUGCAUCAUCAAUAUUGUUAAUAAAUCAAACAACACAAGUACUUCAAUCACUUGUCAUUUGUUUCCCUGUUGUGGAUAAACAAUUUACACAAUUCUAUUGGGAUAUAUUAGAUAAUCGUUAUAAAUUAAAAAAAUCAAAAUCAAAUCAUUUUCCUGGUGUAAAAAUGAACAUUACAAAAUCGGGUAAUACUACACGUUCAGAAUCUUGUUCAUUUAUGAUUUAUCCUAAAUCAGCUUAUUCAACUCGUUUAAUAAAUGCUGCUGGACGUCUUUUCUGUUUAAAGAAUUCUAGUCCCACUAAUAUUACCGUUAAUAAUAAUAAUGUCAAUGAUGUACAAACAUCACCGCCAACAUCAAUUACAUCAUCAGUUAAACAUUUUUGUUUCCCACUAAAAGAUUCAACACGUCAAUUACAAAAAUCAAAACAAUAUUUAUCAAUACAUCGUGAAGCAUCCAUAGAGUCAUCAUUCUAUCAAAAUACCAAUGAAACUAAUAAUCAAAAUAAACAGACAGAAACAAUCAUUGAUCAACCUGUUGAUGUAUCACUUGUAUCGUUCACGGAUUCAUCGGGAUGUAACAAAAGAACUAAAUGUAAAGAUGUAAAAUUUUCAUCAUAUUCUAAAGUCAAUGUACAUAAUGAAUUAGAUAAUCAUAUAACAAACGAAAUGAAUACAAAUUUCUAUUCUAAUCCUAUCAAUCUUCGACGUAAUCAAUCACGUUAUCGUUCAUUACGUCGUAGACAAAUGGAAAAUUUAACAAAACGUGCUGAAUGGUUUUUACAACCAACUAUAUUACCUAAAUUAACAUUUACAUUAAAUCAAUUCAAUAAUAAUAAUGAUACAAAUACAACUAUGUCUACAAUAUCAUUAUUAAAUAUACAAGAUAAAAUGAAUAAUACAAUGACAAAUCAUAAUUCUAAUAUGAUACAAGUUGUUCAUCCAAGAAUAUUAUUCACCUCAUCUACAAGUGAUUUAUUGAUUCCAUCAAAUUAUGACCACCUAGAUGCAACAUAUUGUCGUCAACCCUAUGAUGAAACAUUAUUAGAUCAUCAAAAAAUCAAUCCAACUCAUUUAUAUCCAUCCUACAAUUAUGGUCAUAGUUUUAAUAGUUUAUUAAAUCAUUCAUUAUUAUCAACAACGUCAUCAUCAUCAUCUAAUUAUUAUGUUAUAUCACAAUCAAAUCAAUUAUAUUCAUCUCAACUAAAUCAACAAAAUCAUACAAUCAAUUCAUUACUUAUACCGGAUUUAUCAUCAGAAGAGAAUAAUACUUCAACUCAUUCAUUUCUAUAUUAUAAUAUACCUAAAUAUUCAUUAUCAUAUCAUCAUAAUUAUGAUCAUAUCAAUAAACAUGAUCGUUUACAAUCAACAAGUUAUGAUAAUUUUCAUAUUCUAUCCUAUUCAUCUAAUCAUAAUAUACAUGAAAAUAAUAAUAAUAUCAAUCUAAUAGAUAAUUCUAAUAUAACACCUACUAAUAUAUCUUCUAUAUCGAAUACAAAUUAUACAAAUUCAACAAAUCUUUCAUUCAAUGUUAAAAAUGAAUUAUGUCAUAAUAAUAAUAAUAAUAAUAAUAAUAAUAAUAAUAAUAAUAAUAAUAAUAAUAAAUUAACAUCAUCUAUCUCAGGUUUAGAUAUUAUUAAAAAAUCAAAUAUGGUUUAUUCUGAUUGGUCCAUUGAUCGACCAAUCAAAAAUGAACUUUUAAAUCGUUAUCGUCCACGUAGUCAUAGCAUUAGUAAUAAUAAUAGUAGUAGUAGUAGUAGUCGUCGUCAUAGUAACAAUGUAACUAAAUUAAAAUAAUCUAAACUCAUACCAUUAUAAAAUGAAUUUGAUAAUAAAUAGUUAAAUACAAAAUAUAAAUUAUAAACUAGUUAAUUGUUUUUUUUUCUCUUUAUUCAUUUAUUUUAUUGUUUAGUUACUUUUUGUAUACAAAUAGAUUAAAUAAUAUUGUCCUAGUCAAUAAUAUUUUAAUGUUUUAACAAUCAAAAAACUGUCUCUCUAUCUCGUUCUUUGAACUUUGUUGAUUUCGUUUAAAAUCUAAUCUAUUACUGAAAUGUAAUAUACUUUAUGAUCAUUUAAUACUCAUUUGUAUAUAUAUAUAUA